GUAAUUUAACAUUGCAAAGUGAAGGAUUAUAAAAUUACUUGGCAUGAAAAAAAAAAUGCAAAAGAAUCGGGGAGUUGAUGGAUGGUGAACGAUUCAAUGGCAUAAAAUUCCGGGUUUCCAAUUGUAAACAACAAUCUUAGGGUUUUACUUGGUUGAGGAGGAUGGCGGAUUGAAAGGGAAAAAUUUGGUUUGUGUAGAAGAUUGUUUCCACAGGUGUAGUAGUAGUAGUAGAUCUGAGGUUUUUGAUACUCGGAGGAAAAAAUGAGCGCAUCGAGGUUCAUAAAGUGUGUGACCGUUGGUGACGGAGCUGUGGGUAAAACAUGUCUCCUCAUUUCGUACACCAGCAACACUUUCCCUACG